AUGCUGCGGGCCAGGCUGGGACCAAGUCCACCGUAUCAAUCUUUCGAGACCCAACUGGCUCUGCAAGCUCACGCCCGCUCGCUGGACAUCUGUGACGUACGCGAACCGGAGUUCUUGGAUGGCAUCACGCAGGAUCAAGAGAAAAAGCUUCGUUCUCGGAAGAAGACGUCGGCCAAAGAACUUACUGAGGCGGAGAAGUGGAUCCAGGUCUACCGUAUCCUCUUCCCCGAUGUGAGAGAGCGGGAGAUUCCGUCACCGUAUCACAAUGCAGAGGACGCCGAGAUGAACCUGGGUGGCUACGAAGAUUAUCUCCGUCGUGAACUUCCGCCGCUGGUCCGCCGACAGCUCGAAAAAGAGGUCGAGCGUGAGCUAAGUUUCGUCGAGGAAGGGAUGAAGCAAAAGGUCAUUGACAUUGCUCGGAAUCUCCAGCUCACGCUGUUCAAGGGCUACCAACAACUUCAGAACCAAGAGCGAGGACUGCAAGACACGCCGAGUGUUGAUGCGUCUUCAAGCUCCGAAACGGGAGCGUCUUUCUUCACGGCGACGGACACUUCACCGUCGACCAUGACGACCAGCGGCACAACGCCAGAGAUUCCGGAUCCGUUGGACAUAUUUGGUGACCCCGCCAUUCCGGACUUCGACUUUAAUUUUCUUGCCGACGUUCCCUAUCCAGAGUCACAGUCACCCUCCAAGGGACAGAAUAUGGACUCGGGGUUCAAUCAGUCUUUUGCGACUCAAGAACCAGCUACGAUCACACCUGGGAUGGAGAUGCUCAGGGCGCAGCAACACGAUCUGCCAUACUACGGACUAGAUGGCUACCAAGAUCCAAAUAGCCAGAGGAUAGACGCGAGCGUUCUAAGUUAUCUCCCAUGA